GGCGAUGUGUCGGACUGCAGCAGAUAGCAGGGUUGGCAGAGCCCGAGCAGCCGUCAGCUCCGGCUCGGAGUAGAGAUGUGGAAGUAGCGUCAGUUACAUCUAAUUAAAUAUGCCUUUUUUUAGUUUAAUUUAAGUUUUAAGUUGUUUGGUUUAACUCCCCCCCUUUUUAAAUUAAAAUAGUAAUUGUUGUAACGCGUCUGUCUGCCGCCCGCUCCGUUGGUAGUGAUGUAUCGGCUCCCCGGUAGCGCCCGGAGGCAGGGAGCCCGUCUGCUCUGCGCUCUGCUGCUGGCCGGGCUCUGUCUGCCGGCCGGCGUGAGGGGCAUCCAGGAGGAGCAGCCGCCGGCGCAGGAGCAAGCCCCGCAAGAGUUGCAGAAGCUGCCCAGCGCCCAGCCCGGAGGCCCCGUGAUCAGCGAGGACGAUCCCAGCAGAGGGAACCUGGGCUUCAUCCAUGCCUUCGUGGCGGCGAUCUCUGUCAUCAUCGUGUCCGAGCUGGGGGACAAGACCUUCUUCAUCGCCGCCAUCAUGGCCAUGCGCUACAACCGGCUGACUGUGCUGGCUGGCGCCAUGCUGGCUCUGGGGGUGAUGACCUGCCUGUCCGUGCUUUUCGGCUACGCCACGACCAUCAUCCCUAGGAUAUACACCUACUACGUGUCCACGGCGCUCUUCGCCAUCUUCGGCGUGCGCAUGCUGCGGGAGGGGCUGAAGAUGAGCCCGGACGAGGGCCAGGAGGAGCUGGAGGAGGUUCAGGCCGAGAUCAAGAAGAAGGAUGAAGAGCUCCAGCGGUCCAAGCUGCUGAACGGCGCCGCGGACGUCGAAGCCGGCCCGGGAACGGCGAUGCCCUCGAAGAGGUGGCAAAGCAUCAUCUCCCCCAUCUUCAUCCAGGCCUUCACACUCACGUUCCUCGCCGAGUGGGGCGACCGGUCGCAGCUGACCACCAUCGUCCUGGCCGCCCGAGAGGACCCUUUUGGAGUGGCUGUGGGAGGGACACUUGGGCAUUGCUUGUGCACAGGACUUGCGGUUAUUGGUGGAAGGAUGAUCGCUCAGAAAAUCUCGGUCAGAACGGUGACCAUAAUAGGAGGGAUUGUUUUCUUGGCGUUUGCCCUCUCGGCCCUCUUCAUCAAACCGGACGCCGGGUUCUGACCCGCAGGACCUCGUGUUCUCGCUGCCCAGCUUCAGUGAGGAUGACGUUGGGAGUUGGAUUCUGUUAGUGUGACCACUCUGCUCAGCGGAGCCCCCUAGCUGUCACGCCCUGGCUGUGCGUGAAUGCGGCUCCGGUUCUGCUGUGGUUGUGAGUUUGCAACCCAGGCGCUACCUUCGUGUGGUCUUUAGGUUAUUCUUUUACUUUUGUUAGGAAUGAAGUGACUUUGAAUGUGAGGCUGAGUGGUUCUCAGGAACUCGGCGUCUUAAACCUUGAAGAAAAUAUUUUCCUUGGUGGGUGUUCUGUAUUUAAUCAAAUUAGUGUGAAGAUUAAAAUAUUUUUGCUAGUUAAAUCUAGUUUUCUUUUUUUUUUUAGAUCAAGUACUGUAUAAUGUCAGGGGAGAUAUUUUUUACACUGGUGGGUUGAAAACUUACAAGGUACCUACAUUGUCAAUAUUUGACACGGCGGCCUCGAAGGCUGAAGAGAAAAUAUUGAUCCACACGCGUUGGAGCAGAGGAAUUGAUAACUGUAGACCCUGAUUCAUGUAAAUAUGUCUCAAAUUCUAUCACGCUAAUAAUAAAAACCUUCCUCUAUGUGUUGCUGAAGUCCAGCUUUAAUGACUUGAAUGAUGUAGUGGAUAAAAUAUAAUUGAUCAAAGCCGAAAGCAUUGCAUUGUGAAAAAAACGCUAUAAUUAUCUGCUCAAGAGCAGUUGGACGGACAUGGGAAAAUCCAUUUUACCAGGAAAGCCCCUUUUCAGCUGUUCCUACUCCUGUACAAAAGAGAAGGGUCCACUGGCCAGGCCCCAGCCGGAUCAAUAGUAAGAGGUGAGCCAGCUGGGCAAGGGAGGCUGGGUUGUGCCUUGAGUGUGGCCGUGGGAAGAGCACUGUUCCCUCUGCCCCCCGUCGGGCCGGGUUCUCCCUGGUCAUUGUGAAAGCACAGCGAGAGGGCGUCGCUCCCUCUGCCCCCGCCUGCGUUUCCUGGAACUUUGGUCAGACUGGAGGUCAGUUAAAUGUUAAAAAAUCCACACAGAAUUGUGAUUUGUAUCAAUAAAAAAAAUAAACUGAUCCUUUUCUAUUCA